UUUUUCUUUGAAGGAUCUGUAAGUGGGAAUAAUGUGGCUGAGAUCUGAGUGUAUUUGUUUUUCAAUGGUGAUUUUGGGGAUGGCAUCGGUGAGUUUGAGUCAACUGGAUUUGAUAAGAAGUCUUCUUGGUCUUACACACGUCCAAGGAACUCUCUAUUGCACUCUUAAUGGCAAUUUCAUCUCUGGACUUCUAACCCCAACAUUUCCAAAUGCUGGGGUGGAAAUGCAAUGUGGAUCCGGAACCGUAAUUUCGUCGGUGAAAACCGACACGUCGGGAAGGUUUUCGAUGCUUCUGGAUGCGCCUCUGUUGCUGCUCUCCUUCUUACUCGACAACUGCAGUCUCGUCGUCACGACGCCGCUCGCCGACUGCGACGCCGCGCUGCCGUCGUUCGGCGGCCUCAUCUCGCCGCUGCAACGCAUCGGAAACACAUUUCUCGGACUCUUCAACGUCACCAAUAUCGUUCCCUUAGGCUUCCGCUUCCUCCCCUUCCUUUAAUAAUCCAUUAAACGGAAUAAACCGAAUCUUUUCCAUCAAUUUCCGACAUUCAACGGAACGGGAACGGACUCGUGUUUCGCUCUAUUUUAAAUUGUAAUAAAGCUUUACUGUAUCAACAACUGCUAUUUC